GUGUUCAACUCGCGUUUCAGCAAAAACAUUUUGAGAGAGAAUUUUUUACACCGGCAGCCAUUCCCGAAAUCGAAGUCGAAAUUUAUUAUACUUUUAAGAAUUGCCACUAUUCUGAUAUUGGAUCUUACUUCGAUCGCAAUUUUCAAUUCUGAUAUUCGUUGAAUAGCUCUGAUUUGUGGUGGAUUUCACCGAAUUCUUGUCAAUUUCAAGGAAUUUGGCGAAUCGGUUUGUCAACGGAUCCAGGGGAAAUUUUGAAAGCAGUUGGAACAUUUGAAACAUUUGAUUUUAGGAUUUUUGUAAGGGAAAGGUUGAUUUUUGUCGAUAAGUGUAAUUCGAGAGGAGCGAUGUUGACAUUAACAGUUAGGUUUGUGAUGUAAUAUGGCAUUGGUUCUCACACAAUCAAACGAUGUCGCUAUACAUUGGUCGCGAGACUUCCAAGCUAUGGAAAAGAAUUUGUGCAGAAACUACAACUGAAGUCAACCUUUUGGCGGAGAACUGGAAGUAUAUUCUCGGCGGUUUAAUUUGCCAGUACAUUCAUGGUGUUGCAGCUCGAGGAGUUCACUAUAUUCAUCGCCCAGGGCCGAUUCUCCAGGACACUGGGUUCUUUCUACUUCCUGAGCUCGGACAGGAGAGAGCAUACGUCAGUGAGACCGUGUUUAGUUUCGUCUUUCUAUCUUUUGUCUUGUGGACAUUUCAUCCUUUCAUAUUCAAGACCAAAAAGAUCUACACAGUUCUAAUAUGGUGCAGGGUCCUCGCAUUUUUAGUUGCUUGUCAAUUUCUUCGUAUCAUUACAUUCUAUUCGACUCAACUUCCUGGUCCAAACUACCAUUGUCGAGAGGGUUCACGGCUUGCAACACUGCCUCGUCCCGAUAAUCCUCUUGAAGUUCUAUUAAUUAUUCCUAGGGGUGUGCUUUAUGGAUGUGGCGAUCUGAUAUUCUCAUCCCAUAUGAUCUUCUCUCUAGUAUUUGUGCGGACAUAUCAAAAAUAUGGUACACGCAGAUUUAUAAAGCAGUGUGCUUGGGUGAUUGUGGUGGUUCAAAGUUUGUUAAUUAUUGCUUCUCGUAAACAUUACACAGUUGAUGUCGUUGUUGCCUGGUACACUGUCAAUUUGGUCGUUUUCUUUGUUGACCGCAAGUUGGCAGAGCUGCCUGAUCGAGGUGCAGCUGUGUUACCAUUGAGCAAAGAUGUCCGAAUGAAAGAAGAGAACAUUAUACUUGUAAAUGGCAACCCCGGAGAAACUACAGAUUGGCGGUUGAGAGGUCAAGCGAACGGGAAAAUUAACGAAGAUAGCAACAAUGUACAUGGCGACGUGCUGGACAGUGUAUAGUCAGUCAACCCUGGUUUGCUGUUUUGUUAACAAUCAAUUUUCUUGUGGUAAGAAACUUAGCAAAAAUGAGUUUCUAUUUUUGUUUGUAUUCAAUUCUGAGGGUGUUGUGCCUACCCUUUCAUGUUGUCUUCUAUUCAUUGUAUUAUGGAAAUUUCAUUUUCAUCCAUCUAAACAUUUUUUCCAUUUUUGUUAUUCCAAUACCAUCAUUACAUGUUCAUAAAAUCUC